AUGGAUAUCGUGGACGACGUCAAGAUAAUGACCGACACUGUCGUUCUAACCUACCCCGAACCUACUACCAUCAUGAACAAUGCCUCAACAGACCAUGGCAUCGUCUUUGAUGACGGAGUCUCGAAGCUCAAGACACCGGCUAUCACCAUAGCUUCAUCAGACGUCUCGUUUGACGACACAAUGUCAACCAGAUCCUCCAACUCCAGUCUCGGUACUGAGAUGACGGGUCCUCCAGCCACAGAUGACAAAAUGGAAGUCUCCAACGAAACCAAAGUCUCUGAGAUAUCCGAGAGAAUUUUAGACGUCAUUCUGAAAUACUCUCUCAACAAGUUCGAAAGCACCUCCGAGCUCCACAGCAAAGGCAGACCCAAGUUUCUUGCCGUCAUCUCACGCUUUGUCCAAGAGCAACAGAAAGUGGUUAUGUGUCUGCCAGCAUUCCCAUUCAAGUCUGCGAACAAGGUUGAAAAGGUGCUGGGCAGUCUUCCCGACAAGGCCGAGGAAGUAUCACUCGCCAGAUUAAACUCCAUGUGUACCACCAUCGGACAGUUUUAUGAGCCGGGAGCUCAGUUGACCAUCAUCUCGGACGGUCUGGUUUACAAUGACUUGCUAGGCAUUUCAGACCUCGAGACCUGGCGCUACGGCUCCGCGCUACGAGCCAUGGCCGAGCGCAAGGACUUUACUAACCUAUCAUUUUCCCGUCUUCAGGACUUGGUCGCAGCCAAGGGCUUGCCCAAUGACCUCAAUGAGCUGACAUAUGUUGCCAACGCCACCAACUUCCGUCGAACCCUGUUCAACAAGUACGGACGGGACGGCGAUCUCGACAUUGAUCACGAAAUCGCCACAAACGCAGACACACUCGGGACGUAUAAGGGGUACUGCCGUUUCCUCAAGUCAGAUCUGCAACACAUCUACGGCCCAGCCAAGAGUUCUGCCAAGUACAGGAAGGACGUCAAGUAUCUUGCUAAGCAACUGCUGAUCCGGGGAUAUGCCUUUGCUGGAGCUGUCAAAGCGCGCUUCCCAGACCAUUUGCGUCUCAGUAUCCACCAAUCGACCGGGGAGCACAAGAUUUCAAUUAGCCUUCUCAACACCAAAAGCGGCUUCACAACGCCAUGGCAUUGCAGCGUGGCAUUGAUGGAAGAUGGUGAAUGGCUUAGCGGCCUUACGAUCGACUUCAAAGCCGAUCGGUUACUGGAACUUGUCCAAGAGGAGGGACGGCCGAGUUACUUCAAAGAGGUCGCCCGUCAGCGGCCAUACCUGACGGAGAGCGCUAAGCCACGCGUUGUUGUUAAGCAGGAACCACAGGCCCAUAGACCUAGGAUACGCGCAUCUUAA